GACGAUAUGAAGAAUAGCACACGUAUAUAGCGGGUGGUAAUUACAAAAGAAAUGGAUGUACAGGAGAUCUAUCGUGCAGAUGCGGAUGGUAACACCAUACACCAGCUUGAGAUUGAUGGUCUGAUUCUCCCCGUGUUACCCGGCCUCCCCGAGCGGCUAGCCCAGCUUCAGAACUUUAGGCCUCGAAGUAAUGACAUCUUCCUGUUUGCCUUUCCCAAAUCAGGAACUCACUGGACAUGGGAAAUGCUCAAUAUGCUUCUGCGUGGACAGACUGAGUUCAUGUCUUACAGCAAAGAUCAAAUCAUGUUCGAGUUUGUCGAUCAGCACGUCAUUGACUCCAAACCGGCACCAAGAGUAAUCAACAGUCAUCUCCCCUUCCCACUGAUUCCCAGAAGUGUGCUCAAUACGGGCAACAAAAUCAUCCACGUGAUGAGAAACCCGAAGGAUGUGGCUGUGUCGUGCUACAACCACCACUACAGCAUGUAUUCUGUGUGGAAAUACGACGGGAACUGGGGGGCUUAUCUACAGCUCUUCCUGCAAGGACACGUGGGAUGGUGCUGUGCAGGGGAAGGUUGGUUUGGCUACGUCAGAGAAUGGGAAGAGGGUAAAAAACACCACCCAGGCGUCCCCAUACUGUUCAUAUACUACGAGGAUCUUCAGCAGGAUCCAAUGGGCACUAUUAAAACACUAGCGGACUUUCUUGAUGUACAGUACGAUGACACUUUUUAUCAAGAAAUCAUUCAGAAGUGUUCGUUUGACUCUAUGCGGGAGGUAAAGAAUCAAGUCUACUCCCCAAGCGAAAAAGCCCUCUGGCGGGACAACUCCCCAAGAAUAUUUCGAAAGGGAAAGGCUGGUAACUGGAAGGAAUGGUUCACAGUUCAACAGAAUGAAAUAUUUAACCGGGUGUUUCAAGAAAAAAUGAACAAUUCGACGUUGAAGUUUGACAUGUAUAUGUAAUACGGAGAUUUAACUACUGGCUAUAUUUUGAUAUUUAAUGCAUGUAUGGGUUACCUGUUGGAUCAGCGGUUGGAGACAAAAAUCCUGUAAAUUUGGGGAAUAAUUGCCACACCUCGCUGCAAACAGAAAUUUCGUGAAAAAAAUUAUACCAUCGACUUCUUUUCGUACUUCCAUAAUUGCGUAAAAAAUUUUCCUGGAAAAUACCGUCUGCGAUUGGCACUUGGUUGGUAACAGUUGGUUUUUCAGGCCAUAUUGUCCCAACUUUCAACAUCUACAGAAGUAGUACAUGCGAUGCUAGAUGGAGUCACUCC